AUGCAGACAAUGGAACCAACAGCAGACCAACUCCGCAUCGCCACGAUGUUCGAAGGCGACGGCGGAAACGACAAAGAUCUUGAGCGCAAGAUCAAGCAAGUCACAGAAUUUACAGGCUGCUCUAACGAUCAGGCCGCCGUGGCGUUGUACGACUGCGACAAUGACAUCCAAAUGGCCUGUUUGAAGGUGAUGGACGCUGGCGGAGACUCUGCGAAAGAGGCUGACAAUUGGACUGCAGUCGAGAAACCAGUCAAGAAAGAAAGAGACCCUUCGGCGGACAAAUGGGCAAGCGAAAGAGCAGUGGACAACUUCACUGGUCGUGGUCGAGGACGUGGACGCGGCUACUUCGACGGCGGCCGCGGUGGUCGAGGAGGACGAGGACGCAGCUUCGCCAAUGGCGAGCGCCGCGAAUUCAGAGACUACGAAGAUCGCGGCAAUCGAGGCUCUUUCGGCGAGCGUGGACGGGGACGAGGCCGUGGUCGGGGAGACCGGGGCGGAUUCCGAGGCCGCAGCGAACCGUUCCGUGGCUCUGGCGGAAGAGGAGCUCCACAGAAUGAGAGCCGAAGUCGAAACAGACGACAACACAGCCCAUCUGGAUCGGAUAUUGGCAGUGAUGGCGGCUGGGGCAAAGAAGAGGAGAAAAUCACUAACUGGAGCAAUAAGGAAUUCACCCGCGACGGCUGGAACGAACCCGAUUCUUCGGAAAGAUUCAAUCACAAGCAGCAAGGUCAAGAGCAGCCCUUGCCUGAUUGGAGUGACUCGCCUAAAGUUGGUGCCCCAGUUCCAGGAAAAGUCGAGCAGUGGCAGAACAACCAGACGAGCAGCCAGAGCAACGCGUGGGAUCAAGAGGACAGCUGGAGCACAGAGCAGAAGCCUGUUGUCCAGGAAAGCCAGCCCAAGAAACAGCACAAUGUGGAAGCUAACCAAUGGGCCGCCGAGCCUGCUGAACCCGUUUCGUGGGACAGCGCGCCGCAGAUGCAGAGCUGGAGCCAGCCACAGCAGCCGGAACCUGUUCAGCAAGCGCCACCACCUCAGCAAAACCAUUGGCAUUCGGAACCUGCUCAGGUCAGACAGCCAGUAGUUCAGCCCGAAGAUACCCAACGACAGGAGCGUUUGGCGAAGAUCUUCAACCAACAGGCGCAGAUUUCUGAACAGGAACCCAGAAAGGUGGUACCGGCUCCACAGAAGGCUCCUCAGCCAAAGCCCGUGGCGCAGCAGAAGCAGUCGAGCAUCGGUCCACCUGGCCUCCACAAAUCGUCAGUUGCUGAUCCAGUUCUUAGUUUUGGUAGAUCUCCUGAAGACGCAGGACGACGUCUUCCACCACCAACUCGAAGAACGAUCAAAAAAGGCGUCCUCCAGAUGCCAGAGGAUCGAGACGACAUGCCCAAGGCCAGCCAGUUUGUUUUCGGCAACAUUGAAAGCACUGAUGAUGUUGACUACUCCCGCGCUCAGAAAUACUCGGAAAAGCCCUCGCCCCCAUUAAAACAGCCCUCUGCCCCUGGUUAUGCACCUCAAUCUCUUCACCAACCAGCACAGACGCGAAAACCCACUGCCACCACUCAAUCAGAUCAACCGAAAGAGCAAAACAAACCUGAGCCCCAACAAGUCGCAGAUCCAGGCCUCUCGUAUCACAGAUAUGCGCGGGAAAAGGAACGCGCCGAGUCCGACCUAAGAAACUUACUGAAGCCGAAUCCUCAGAGCUCGACGGCCAAGCCCGCCCAGCAACAGAGCAGAGAGCAGGGUGGACCCGUUUCGUCCACUGGAGUCGUUCCUGGACUUUCUGUUCCAGCCAGGACCUCGCCCAACAAUCCUCAAAGUACUGGACAAAUGGGCUCCAUCUCUGCGCCAGGUCAAGGUCGAUCCGGCUCAAUUGGCAACGUCCGCACUGCUGGACUCGGGCAUCAGCCUUACUCCCAGCAUGAAAAUAUCAUGUUCGAGGACUCGUAUCAUCCUAAGUCCUAUCCGUCCUAUUUGGAGUAUCAGCCAUCGAUGAAUCAAGGAUACGACAUGAUCCAAAUUCAACGACCGAAUGUGUCGAGACAUUCUGACGAUGGUCUUCGAAGUCAGGGACUUGGCGGAUUCCAGGCUUUCACUGGUUCCAUUCAGCCACAACAAUACUACGCGCCUAUCCCACAGUACUACCCAAUGACUGUGCAGCGUUCAAGUUCCGCUUAUGCUCCAAUGUACUCGUCCGCUCAGGCGGGUAACACGACAGACUCAAUGCGAAGCAUGAGAACUCAGCAACAAGAGACGCCCCCACCAUUUCUGUCGACAAAUGCCUACGGCCAGGGCUUUCCAAACAUCCUGAUUCCUCCAGGAGCGAGUGCCCAGCUCGGGCCUCAUGGCCAGCACCCAGACAACCGAGGACCUCGUUAG